AUGGAGUCCCUGUUCACGCAGUACGACGACUCGCCCAUCAUCUACGAGCACGACCCGGAUUCCGAGCUGAAUCAGCUGAACGAGGCGAAGAAGACCAAGUCGCACCUAAUAAUAUCGAAUUUGAUAAAGUACGGGAUAAAUCUGCAGGUCCCGGAGGCCGUAUUUGAGCACAUAGCGAACCAGACGGUCGUCGACACACCGAACAUCUACACGCUGCAAUUUGACAUCGACUCGUUUGUGGAUUCGCGAAUAUGGAAUCACCUGGUCUCGAGGCUCUACGGAACAAAAUCUACCGCCGUAGACGUCGCAUACAUCGAUGCACUCCUGGAGGAGAUCAAAAACUCGGAUCUGUACAGGAAUCAGAACGAGUUCAUGGUGGACAUUAAAAACAAAUUCGGUUCCGGUAUUUUGAAGUACGGAAGCGACGGCGUAUACAUUUACAACGCAGUGAAGGACGUGCCGAGAGUAUACUACUCAGUGAAGAAGCAGAAAUUUCUAUCGUCGUUUAAGAAGGAAGACUCGGAAAUAGAGCCACAGGCUGACCUGAUAGAAAGGAUAUGUUCGAUUCGGUACCAACUACUGUUCGAGAGAUGUAGAGGAUAUAACUUCAACGAAUGGCUGGGCAUUGACUCACACACAAACAUUAUGUUGGUCCCAGUCGAUUCGGUAUCGUUCAGCUCCAAAGACGCGCAACUGCUGAUUGGGAACCUAGCUAAGUCGAAAGAAGGGGACCUGUGUAUGCAGGGUUGCCUGGUGGAAAUGAAGAUAAGACUGUCGAAAGAUUGUAAAAUAUCAAGUGGAAUCUACUGCUAUGGCCAAGUUGUAAUAGUGUUCGGAACAAUGCUUCCAUUCGAUAACAUAUUCGCUGUGAAAUCACUCACACAUCCACCGCUAACAAACAAAAAUAACCUAUCGCAUUUAAAUUUAUUUGGAGGCCUGCAUAGUCCAAUGGAACUGGCAAUGUUCAAAGAGUGUGUAAACCUGCCUAGCCUAAAGAAUAUAAGCUCAAAAUGGGUGAUAAUAUCGGAUUUGCACUUGGAUAGAGCGUCAAACAUCCAGUCGCUCGAAAAACUGUUCAACUCAUACGUGGAGAGCUACAACAAGGAGCAAUUGCCAGCAGGAUUCGUGUUCAUGGGAAAUUUCAGUUCAUCGGGAUACAAUUUUGACCUACAUCACAACUGGACGGACGAGUUAGACAAGAAGGCGAACGCGUCGCACGCCGAUUCGUACUCGUCAGGCUUCGAAAACCUGUUUAAACUCCUGACUAAACCGAAGUUUAUAAUGAUACUGACCUGCUGUUACAUAGUGUUCGUGCCAGGGCCGAAGGACGCAAGUCUGUGUAGACAACGGAUACCAAGGAACCCGCUGCUAAGUUUCGCAAUAAACAGGUUCAAAGAGAGAUUGGAAAGUACAAGGCCGGAGUGCCUAGGCCACAUAAUAAUGGCGUCAAACCCGUGCAGAAUAAGGCACUGGGGAAGGCAGAUGAUAUUUUUCAGACACGAUAUAAUGACACACCUGCUGAUAGACUCCGUGGUGACGACGUCGACUUCGGAGUACAUGGAGAGCUGCGACGACUUGGCGGAAAUGUUGGUGGAGACGAUAAUUGGCCAGAGCCACCUGUCGCCAAACAAGCCAGGGCUAUCAACGAUACUUGAACACGAUUCCAGUCUACUUCUUCACCCGUUACCAGAUUUCAUAUGCCUCGGGGACACAACGUCUCCUGCCUUCGUUAGAUACCACGGACUGAAGAACAAGUGUAUCAUCACAAAUUGUGAAUCGACCUUCGACUCGUUUAAAAACAUCAUUUGCUACGACUCCAGCUUAAAUACCGUUAAGGUGGUAUCAGUAUAA